CAAAAAAUCACGGAAUAGCGGAACGCAUCAAUUACGCACCUUCGCUCUUUUUUUCCUCUUUUCUCUCUGUUUCCAUUUUCCCUCGUUUUCUCACCGACAAUUCUCUUUCCUCUUCUAUGUUCUUCAAACCCUCAAAAGUUUAAAACUUUUUUCCCUUCAAUUCUACACACAGAAAAAGAUCAUUUAUUUGUUUAUAUUUAUGGGUUAAAGCUUUAAAAAAUAUUUUUUUUUGAGGAGAAAAAAAAUGUAUACAUUGAAAGAUAAAGCAGCGGGAAGCCUUUCACGUUUAUUUGCAGAUUCAGCGUCUCAUCAUUCUUCUCCUUCUUCUCCAUCUUCUCCACGAGAUCUUUCUCAGGCCAGAUGGUACACCAAAGGGUCAAAAUCUUUGUCUUCAAUAUUCUCUUACAUCAUCCCAUCACUAAGCUAUGGUGAGUCUAAAUUGGAUGAUCAUGGAGGUGAACUAAAGCCGGUUCCUUCGCUUCCCGUUAGAUGGAAAAAGAAAUUUGAGACGCGACAUGAAGUCCUGGAUAGUGUUAAAGAAUACACUACUUGUACAACUGAAGAAUUAAAAAAGGCUUGUGAAGAUAAGAAAAAAAUUUGGACUCAUAGUGACAAUAAGCAAAUUGCUAGAAUUAGACUUCGUAGUGAGAAUGAGGACUGUGUUUCUGGAAGGAGGAGUACCAGCUCUGAUGAAUUUCAAGAAGCAAGAGAAGAACAGAGUCCAAUGAAGUCUCCACUAAAACCUGAUGAAUUUCAUGAAGCAAGGGAAGAACAGAGUCCGAUGAAGUCUCCAUUAAAACCUUCUGAUGAAUUUCAAGAAGCAAGAGAAGAACAGAGUCCGAUGAAGGCUCCACCAAAACUUUCUGAUGAAUCUGUAUUCAUUAACUAUGAUUUGUAUGAGUUCUUGACGUCUUCCCUUCCCAAUAUUGUUAAAGGGUGUCAAUGGAUGUUGUUGUAUAGUACGUUGAAGCAUGGUAUAUCACUUCGUACACUGAUUCGUAAGAGUGCUGAGCUUCCUGGCCCUUGUUUGCUGAUUACUGGAGACAGGCAAGGAGCUGUCUUUGGCGCAAUGUUAGAAUGCCCUUUGAAACCAACACCGAAGAGAAAAUAUCAAGGAACAAACCAGACGUUUGUUUUCACAACCAAGUAUGGUGAGCCGAGGCUAUUUAGACCCACUGGUGCAAAUCGUUAUUACUAUAUAUGUGUGACUGACUUGUUAGCACUCGGAGGCGGUGGCAACUUUGCGUUGAGCUUGGAUGAAGAUCUAUUAAGUGGAACAAGCGGAGCUUGUGAAACAUUUGGGAACUUAUGUUUGGCGCAUAACCAAGACUUUGAACCAAAGAACAUCGAGCUUUGGGGAUUCACACAUGCAUCAAAGCACUUUCAAAACUGAAAGCAAGUGAAACGAGACUUAAAAGCUUAUUUAUUUUCAUCUGAAAUGUUAAAAAACGUAUGGUUUAGGAGGUAUUGAAGCUGCCAUUCUUUAUUCUUUAACUUGUACCGUCCAUGAUUUAAUGACCUUGCCCUGCAUUUUGUGGCUUAAAUUGUAUUAUAGCAAAUUGCUUGUAAGUUAAAAAAUUAUGUGCUUUCUUUAUUCGUUUAA